AUGAAUGAUGGAGAUGUGUCGAAGCAGAUUCAGCAGAUGAUCAGAUUCAUCCGCCAGGAAGCAGAGGAGAAAGCCAAUGAGAUCUCCAUCUCCGCCGAGGAGGAAUUCAAUAUAGAGAAAAUGCAGCUGGUUGAAGCCGAGAAGAAGAAGUUGCGCCAAGAGUACGAACGGAAGGCAAAGCAAGUCGACGUCAAAAAGAAAAUAGAGUACUCGACGCAACUGAACGCGUCUCGCAUAAAGUUCCUUCAAGCGCAGGACGACGUUGUGAACUCCAUGAAAGAAUCCGCCAGCAAAGAGCUCCUGCGCGUGUCGAGCAAUAACAAGGCCUACAAGAAGCUUCUCAAAGACUUAAUUAUCCAGUGCUUACUGCGUCUUCAAGAGCCGGCCGUGUUGCUCAGGUGCAGAGCGGUCGACCAGAAGCUGGUUCAAUCGGUCUUGGACGAGGCUAAAAGAGCGUAUGCCGAGAAAGCUGGAGUCACGCCUCCGGCCAUCACACUUGACAACCGGGAGUUUCUCCCGCCGCCUCCCAAGGGCGCGGAUUCUCACGAGCUUUCUUGCUCGGGCGGAGUGGUUGCAGCUUCACAAGAUGGCAAGAUAGUCUUCGAGAACACUCUUGAUGCCCGUCUGGAUGUAAUUUUCAGACAGAAACUCCCUGAGAUCCGAAAGCGUCUUCUCAGGAAUAUGCAGACAUGAUUGAACAAAAACCAGAGAAGUUUAGUCAAGGCCUUCGUUCGACAUUUUGGAUCCCUUA